UCUCCAGAGGGUGCUGAAGGCAAGGAUGCUGCCAAGCUAACAAAACAAGAGCCAACAAGGCGAUCUGCAAGAUUGUCAGCUAAACCAGCUCCGCCAAAACCUGAGCCGAAGCCAAGGAAAACCACUAAGAAGGAACCUGGAACAAAGACUAACAAAGGUGCUAAGGGGAAGAAGGAUGAAAAGCAAGAAGCUGCAAAGGAAGGUACUACACCAUCUGAAAAUGGUGAAAAUAAUGAUGAAGAGGUACUUUACACACAAAGCUCCUGCUGAUUCAGUCAGUGUGUUCUUGUAAUUCAGUUUUUUCAGCCAUUGAAAGCAUGUUCAUAAUAUUUCUUUUUAUUGCCCCGUGAUGUUAUUACAGAUUCGCAUCCCUCGCUCCACUGUUAGUGUUUCAACAUCCAGAGGUGCCCCACCCAGCACACUGUCAGUAAAAGGGCAGAUUGAAACAGUGAAAGUUAAGGGCACAGAGAACUGAACCUAUAGAAGACAAGUGCAUGUGAACGGACAGGAACAUUUGAGGAUGAUUUUAUGCACCUCUUGGACAACUUUUAAAAGAUAUUUUUAUUAAGUAUUUUGUAAAUGCUAAUUUUUUAGGACUUAUGAUAAGUUGACAAACUGUAUAUGAACAUUUCCCUUCCCAUAUGCGUGCUUUUAGAAAUUCCCAAUGUUGCCAAGUUUUUUAAAAGUGUCAACUUAACCAUUGGAAAAAAGUGUUUAUAAGAUUGGACAGCCAUUCUAUAUACUUGCUUUUCAGAAACGUAUGUCUUGUGCAUAUGGUGACGUUUUUACCGUGGGUGUUUGGAUUUUUCUUGCUGUUUUUCUAGAGCAAUAAUCUGUGGUGCUUUUCUACUUAAGGUUUAUGUGAUAUUAAUGAAACAUGGAUAGAUAUGGCCACUUGAUAACCAUGUUGAGUUCUUUGCCAUUGGUUUAAAACAAAAAGUCUCCUUGCCAGCAAAUAUCAUUUCCCAAUAUUUUCUCUAAAUCUGAGAAAUGCCUUAUACUUUGCUCUUGUUAGGAAGGUACUAAGCACACUUACUUAAAAGUUGGUUUCAGUGAUUUCAGGAUCAAUAUUAAAGGUCGUGGAAGGUCAGACUUAAGAACAUCUAUUUUUUAAAGAUCAGUGUACCAGAGGACAUAAAUACAAAUAUUCCAACUAAGUAGUAUGUAGGCAGAUGCCAAAGUGGUUUGUGCUCAUUAUGCAGCAUUUAUGAUAAAUUCAAAUGUUCACAUUAGUUUCCUAUGUGUGCACUUGUGAUGCAUCAAGCCAAACAUAACCAACCAACAUAUACUGUGGAUUGUCAGGUACUGCGGAAGUCCUAAAGCCUCAGAACCCAUCAGGCUGAGGCAGUCAAGCAAAAGAAGUUUCUGGAGCCCCUGGUAGACUACACAUGACUGAUGGGCUGCAUUGACUCUCUGUGAAAGGCCUGGAAUAGAAGAACAAAAGGCCCACAAUACACCAAGUGACUUUUUCUGCAUUCUUUUCCACAGUAUCAACUUAUAUUGACUUCAUAGAACUGUAAAAGCACAAUGCAAAUUGAUAUAUAUCUUGAUUGACAGAUAAAGAGGAACAGCUAUGAUUUCAUUCCUCCAUAUUUUAACCACCCCUUCUUUUUUUUGUUUUACCAGAGAUGAUUUGCGUGUAAACAUUUAAGACUACAGAAUCAGUCCUCUGCCUGCCUCAAUCCUUAAUCUAAAUUGGUGAUUUCUCUUCUGCUUUAUUGAAUGAUUGGUGAUUAAUGUAUCAAAGCUACAAUUGAAACAGCACUGUGCGGUACCUGGUAUAGAUAAUGUAGAUGAACUAUAUUUUUAAAGUCUGUGGUUGUGCUGGUGGUGUUCAAUUAGAUGGAUAACUUUAAUACCUAUGUUAACACUGCUUCAGCCCAUUAUAAGCACCUAGUGAUUUCCCAUGUUUUUCUCAUUUUUGCUUGGGACUUACAUAUUUCUGUUGGGGGAGGGAAUGAAGAUAAAGGAUCAUAUUUCUUGUCCUUUGGUAACAUUUAUUUUUAUUGCUAAACUGGUGGCCCUAAUGUUCGGGGAUAUAUGCAUGUUUCAGUCAAUAAAUGAAGUAAUUA